UUUAUUUCUCUGUUUUGGUGUUCCAUCCACACUGAGACAGUGGGAUUCUUUUAAAGUAAAUAAAAAUGUAGCUUUUUUAAAUCGUUCUGCAAAGUGGAUACAUUUGAAAGUUUUAUUUUUGGGUCGCAGUGUGGACUGUGUAAACAGGAUUUUGAAGACGAUGAUGCAAUGCCAAGCGGAAAUGAUGCAGAUCGAAUCACCUUCGUUUACGCAGGGCAGGGACAUGAGCGUUUUCAGACGUUUGUAAAUGAUAUCGUGGACCAGGAGAGUUUUUUUAGACACAAACACCAAACACCAAUUUUUUAAUUAAUCAACAUUAGUGUAGACGUUAGACACUUCAGUGUAGUCAGUGUUCACAUUUAUGUUCAAUAAAGUUGGAGCUCUAUAGCAAGAGAUCUUCCACUCCAACCCAUGGAAGGCAGAUCUUCAUGGAGGUGCUUUGUGCACAGGGGUAUUAUCAUGAUGGAACACAUUUGUUUCCAUAGACCUUUUAUAUAAUUGUGUGAGUUAAUCUGUGUGGUAACAGUUUUUAAAGAAGAAUCACAUCUGGCUGGUAAAGUCAGGUGUCCCAAUACUUCUGGGCCUGUACUGUAUGUGUAAAAAGCAUUAUGACUGCAUUAUAAGACUACAUGAAUGCACUUAUGAUGUUUACCAUUCUACAUUUGUAGAGGUUUAUUACAGAAUGUAACACGUGUGUAAUGAUUUGUAUUAUUAUAGCUGUAAUGUACACAGAUACGCAUAUCGAGAUAUCAGAUAUCGAGCCCUAAUUUAUCACAAUAUCAAUAUUUUAUCAUUGUAUCGCUCUGCCCUGAUCUGUUCAUCUGCAUAACUGAUUCUGAUCCUAUUAUAUAGUGAAUGUAUUAUUUAUUAUAGAGCUUCACAUAUGUGAGCAUUAAAGGCAUCUGCAGUCCUGAUCUCUCUUUUCUCUCUCUUUUUUUCUUUCUUUCUCUCUUCAUUCUUGUUUUAUUCGCUCCAUAUGUGCCUCUUUUUAACUUCUUCUGGAAAAGGACUUUGGCUCGGAGACACAUGGCAUAGUGUUGCAGCCUGAUUUCUCCCAGUCUAUAUGUCUCAUUUCUUCCUCUAUUCAUCUUUUUCAUCUUUCCUUUCUCAAUCGUUCAUUGUCUUCUUUUCCUCUGUAUGUCUUCUCUGAGGAGAUUAAAGGUUAUAGACUUUUCAGCUCCGGAUUUGACCACCUGCUUCAAAGCGCUUUACUUCCUCUCUGUCUCCUCUUACAUUUAUAAUAUCCUUUCUUUCAGUCCCUCCCUCUUUCUUUCUCUCUCUCUCUCCCUCUGUUUUUUGCUCUAUCCCUCUUAAGGUCCUCUUGGCUCACUAGUUUUCAUUGAGGAUCUCGAGAAGUCUGAAAUCUCUCUCUCUCUUAAUCAGGAAGUUUGAAAAAGAAGAAAGAAAGAAAGAAAGAAAGAAAGAAAGAAAGAAAGAAAGAAAGAAAGAAAGAAAGAGAAAGUAAGAGAGAAAGAAAGAAAGAGAGGGAGAAGACAAAAGGAAGGAAGACAGAAUAAAAAAGGGUAAGACAAAAAGAGGGCACGAUGGUGUCCCUCUUCUCCGUUGGACCAGGACGCCCCGGUGUCUUCGUUCUCUUGCUGCUCGGCAUUGUGGGAUCAUUUUUAGAGGUCUCGCACGGAUUCCAGAGUGAGGAUGAGGAUUAUUACAUGCAGGAGUUGCUGAGCAGGGAGCAUUAUUACACCGUUCCUGUGCUGGAGGAGAGCAUCGUGGACGCUCAGGAUCCUGCCACACCGGCCGUCCAGAACACACCCAAAACAUCAGUGAAACAAGCUGGAGGCAAGACGAAGUCAGUGAAAUCUUCAAGCAAGAAGGCUGAGAAGACCUCUAACAGCAUCAGCGAGGCAGAGGGACAUUACUGCUCCGAGAGUGUGGAUUGCCCUCCUCUCGGCCUGGAGUCUCUGAAGAUCGACGAUUUCCAGCUCCACGCCUCCACCAUGCAGCGUUACGGUCUGGGAGCUCACAGAGGACGACUCAACAUUCAGGCAGGUCUGUAUGAGGAUGAGAUGUAUGAUGGUGCCUGGUGUGCAGGCAGGAACGACCCGCUGCAGUGGUUCGAGGUCGACGCCCGGAGACUCACCAAAUUCACUGGAGUCAUAACACAGGGCAGAAGCUCACACUGGUCGAGUGACUGGGUGACGUCAUACCGAGUUUUGGUCAGUAAUGAUUCACACACCUGGGUGACGCUGAAGAACAGUUCCAGAGAGCUGCUGUUUAUUGGCAAUAAGGAGAAGGAGAUCCCAGUGCUGAACAAGUUCCCCAGGCCUGUAGUGGCACGCUACAUCCGGAUCAACCCACGCUCCUGGUACAACCAAGGCAGCAUCUGUAUGAGGGUGGAGAUAUUGGGAUGCCCCUUACCAGAUCCGAAUAAUUAUUACCACCGGCGCAACGAAAUCACCACCACGGACAAGCUGGACUUCAGACACCACAACUACAAGGAAAUGAGGCAGUUAAUGAAGGUGGUGAAUGAAAUGUGUCCGAAUAUAACUCGCAUUUAUAACAUUGGGAAGAGCUACAACGGGCAGAAACUCUACGCUAUCGAGAUUUCAGAUUAUCCAGGAGAACAUGAGCUGGGUGAGCCAGAGUUUCGCUACACGGCGGGUUCCCAUGGUAACGAGGCACUGGGCCGUGAACUCCUCCUCCUCUUAAUGCAGUUCUUAUGUGUGGAGUAUCUCUCCGGUAACCAACGGAUACGACACCUGGUUCACGAGACCAGGAUCCAUCUACUGCCCUCAGUCAACCCAGACGGAUACGACAAGGCUGCAGAGGCUAGCUCGGAGUUGAGCGGCUGGUCUUUGGGUCGAUGGAGUCAGGACGGUAUCGAUAUCCACCACAACUUCCCUGACCUCAACAAAAUACUGUGGGAAGCCGAGUCUCGGAAAUGGGUUCCUCGAAAGUUCCACAACCACCACAUACCCAUUCCUGAGUGGUACCAGUCCAAAAACGCCACAGUUGCCAUGGAGACACGGGUGCUGUUGGCAUGGAUGGACAAGAUCCCCUUUGUCCUUGGUGGCAACCUCCAAGGUGGCGAGUUGGUAGUUACCUUCCCCUAUGACCGGACUCGACUCACUGGUGUUUUAAAAGGAGCCACGCCCACUCCAGAUGACCCAGUAUUCCGCUGGCUGGCGUUCUCGUAUGCCUCCACGCACCGGCUGAUGACGACUCCGACACGCAGGGUGUGUCACACACAUGACUUUGCCAAAGAGGAUGGCACUAUCAAUGGGGCAUCCUGGCACACGGCUCCAGGAAGUAUGAAUGAUUUCAGUUACCUCCACACCAACUGCUUUGAGCUGUCCAUGUACGUGGGCUGUGACAAGUUUCCUCAUGAGAGCGAGCUGCCCGAGGAGUGGGAGAACAACCGCGAGUCUCUGCUUGUGUUUAUGGAGCAGGUUCACCGGGGCAUUAAAGGUGUGGUGAGGGACUUACAGGGGAAAGGCAUCGCCAACGCUAUUGUCAGUGUGGAGGGCAUCAACCAUGACGUCCGAACAGCCGCUGACGGAGAUUACUGGCGUUUGCUGAACCCGGGCGAGUACAGCGUGACGGUGCGAGCCGAAGGCUACAGCCUCGCACGGAAAGUGUGUGAAGUGGGCUACGACAUGGGGGCCACACGGUGCGACUUCAGGCUGUCUCGCUCAAACCUCUCACGCAUCAAAGAAAUCAUGGAGAAGUUCAACAAGCAGCCGAUCAACAUGAGACAACCUCAAAGACAACGAAGCCUGGGGACAUAGAGCUGGGGACUGGGAUAAAAGGGGGGAAACCCGGUGUGUGUGUGUGUGUGUGUGUGUGUGUGUGUGUGUGUUUUGGACGUUUUGGACUGUUUUACUCUGCCUGGAGUCGGAUGGUGUAAUCGAGGAAAGAGAAAUGCAUUAUGUAAUCAAGGACUGAGGGAGACACGUGAGCCAAUCAGCUCUGUAGAAUAUAACGGCUAUAAAAGCGCUUGGACACACGACGCUCCCAAAUUAUAAUGACAUACACUAUAUAAGCUAAAGGUUUGUGGACACCUGACCAUAAGAUUUCUAUGUGCUUCUUUUUGGACAUCCUAUUCCAAAAUUUGCUGUUAUAAUGAGCUCCACUCUUCUGGCAAGAUGUUCCACUAGAUUCUGUAGAGAUUCCUUCUGCCACAAAGAUGUAGGUGAGGUGGACAUAUUCAUUCAUGUUCUAAAGGGUUUGAGCUCACUAGCAGGAGAUCUUCCACUCCAAACCCAGUGUAUCUUCAUGGAGCUUGCUUGGUGUACAAACAUCAUGCUGGAACAGGUUUUUGGGGCUCGUAGUUCAAGUAAAGGCACAAUUUCAUCAUCCGAUACAAUCGUGUGCCUUCAAAAUGUUCAGGUCAGGAUUCGACUCAGGUGUCCCAAUACUUUUGGCAAUAGCGUGUAAGUCCUCUAUUCAGAAUUAAUAUAAUUACAGAGUGCAUGAGCAGAGAUAUUAAAUAAUUAUUAUAUUAAUUAUAUCAUAAACACCAAAACUGGCAUGAAAAUAAAUCUUUCAGCAUUACUUUUGGACGUGAAGCAUGUUUCAUUUGUCUGCAUUUAUUAUCGUUCAUUGAAGACGUCAAUACAUCUUCAUACCAAAUAAAAAAACAUCCUGGAGUGGAUUAUUUUCCUACAACA